AUGGCUGACAACGAUGACCUUCUGGACUACGAAGACGAGGAGCAGGCAGAUCAGCAGACCGCUGACGGGGCGACAGAAGCGGCGCCAAAGAAAGAGGUUAAGGGAUCCUACGUAUCUAUUCACAGCUCUGGAUUCAGAGAUUUCCUGUUAAAACCCGAAAUAUUGCGCGCCAUCGUCGACUGUGGUUUCGAGCAUCCAUCAGAGGUACAACAUGAAUGUAUUCCACAAGCUGUCCUUGGUAUGGAUAUCCUGUGUCAAGCCAAGUCCGGCAUGGGAAAAACCGCCGUUUUCGUAUUGGCGACACUACAGCAGCUGGAACCUUCAGAAAAUCAUGUAUACGUACUCGUAAUGUGCCACACGAGAGAAUUAGCCUUCCAAAUUAGCAAGGAAUAUGAGCGUUUCUCAAAAUACAUGGCCGGCGUCAGAGUGUCGGUGUUUUUCGGUGGAAUGCCCGUUCAAAAAGAUGAGGAGGUUCUCAAAACUGCAUGCCCUCAUAUCGUCGUUGGGACACCCGGCAGAAUUCUGGCUUUAGUGAACAGUAAGAAACUGAAUUUGAAACAUUUGAAGCACUUCAUACUUGAUGAAUGUGACAAGAUGCUAGAAUCUUUAGACAUGAGACGUGACGUUCAGGAGAUAUUCAGAAACACUCCCCACGGUAAGCAAGUGAUGAUGUUCUCCGCCACAUUGAGCAAAGAAAUCAGGCCAGUUUGCAAGAAGUUCAUGCAGGACCCUAUGGAAGUGUAUGUGGAUGAUGAAGCCAAGCUAACAUUGCACGGUUUGCAACAACAUUAUGUGAAGCUCAAGGAGAAUGAGAAGAACAAGAAGCUAUUUGAGUUGCUGGAUGUGUUGGAGUUCAACCAAGUAGUAAUAUUCGUCAAGUCUGUGCAGCGCUGCAUAGCUCUAGCACAACUGCUGACAGACCAGAACUUCCCUGCUAUUGGUAUACACAGGAACAUGACUCAAGACGAGCGUCUGUCACGUUAUCAACAGUUCAAGGAGUUCCAGAAGAGAAUCCUAGUAGCCACCAACUUGUUUGGAAGAGGGAUGGAUAUUGAGAGAGUGAAUAUUGUGUUCAACUACGACAUGCCUGAAGACUCUGACACCUACCUUCAUCGUGUGGCUCGUGCUGGCCGAUUUGGUACCAAAGGGUUAGCUAUUACAAUGGUAUCAGAUGAGAAUGAUGCCAAGAUCCUCAAUGAAGUUCAAGAUCGCUUCGAUGUCAACAUCACGGAGUUGCCAGAAGAGAUUGAGCUAUCAACUUACAUAGAAGGCCGAUAG